AUGACUCCAAAGGAUCAAAAUCUGAACCUCAGCGAUCCUUCUUUUCAGGACGAAAUCUUACAAGAGGUGAGUUUCACCCUGCUCUUGAAGAACCAACUCAGUAAUGAUACAAACAUUACAGACCUCUUCUCCUGGUCUGGGUCCUAGUCUGUUGUGGAUGACCUCCUCUCUGGUCUGGGUCUUAGUCUGUUAUGGAUCAUCUCCUCUGGUCUGGGUCCUAGUCUGUUGUGGAUCAUCUCCUCUGGUCUGGGUCCUAGUCUGUUGUGGAUGACCUCCUCUCUGGUCUCGGCCCUAGUCUGUUGUGGAUCAUCUCCUCUGGUCUGGGUCCUAGUCUGUUGUGGAUGACCUCCUCUCUGGUCUGGGUCCUAGUCUGUUGUGGAUGACCUCCUCCCUGGUCUGGGUCCUAGUCUGUUGUGGAUUACCUCCUCUCUGGUCUGGGUCCUAGUCUGUUGUGGAUGACCUCCUCUCUGGUCUGGGUCCUAGUCUGUUGUGGAUGACCUCCUCUCUGGUCUGGGUCCUAGUCUGUUGUGGAUGACCUCCUCCCUGGUCUGGGUCCUAGUCUGUUGUGGAUGACCUCCUCCCUGGUCUGGGUCCUAGUCUGUUGUGGAUGACCUCCUUCUCUGGUCUGGGUCCUAGUCUGUUGUGGAUGACCUCCUCUCUGGUCGGGUCCUAGUCUGUUGUGGAUGAGCUCCUCUCUGGUCUGGGUCCUAGUCUGUUGUGGAUGACCUCCUCUCUGGUCUGGGUCCUAGUCUGUUGUGGAUCAUCUCCUCUGGUCUGGGUCCUAGUCUGUUGUGGAUCAUCUCCUCUGGUCUGGGUCCUAGUCUGUUGUGGAUGACCCCCUCUCUGGUCUCGGUCCUAGUCUGUUGUGGAUCAUCUCCUCUGGUCUGGGUCCUAGUCUGUUGUGGAUGACCUCCUCUCUGGUCUGGGUCCUAGUCUGUUGUAGAUACCCUUCUCUCCUGGCAGUGACCCCACUCUCCGAGGGUGUUUCAGGGAGAGUGGGAUAUUCAAAAAACACAUUUCCAAUUCACACAUGCAUAUUAAAAGACACGUGUACAUGUGUUAAAUAGGACAUAUAUAAGCAUCAUCUCCCCAUAGAGUCAAAGGAUUGAAGUCAAGAACGUGUCAGUAUAGCAGGAAGGAAUGGUAGUUGUAGAUCUUCAGAAAGACUAUUACAGAAUAAUAUAGUCUCUAUCUGUCUGUCUCUGUGUGUGUGUGUGUGUGUGUGUGUGUGUGUGUGUGUGUGUGUGUGUGUGUGUGUGUGUGUGUGUGUGUGUGUGUGUGUGUGUGUGUGUGUGUGUGUGUGUGUGUGUGUGUGUGUGUGUGUGUGUUUGUGCGUGUUUCUCCAGAUAAGGAACAAGCUGAAGGAGCAGGGGUUACCUGCAGACACCAAACUGACAUGGAAAAAGCAGCCCGAUGGGAAGGUCUUCAACAAGGAGAAAGAGGGGUCUCCCAAGAAAGAAGAGGAGGAGGAGAAGAAGAUGAAGAAGAGGAUGAUGACAAAGAGAGAACUCUAA